ACGGAGAUUAGUAGACGAUUAGGAGAUGAUACUCGUGUGUGUUUGAAGCUCUCAAAUGUCCUCAUAUCUUCAAUAAUAAUUACGAGGCUGCCGCUCCAAAGAGAUAAUUAAGGUAGAAACAUCAAAGACGAACAACGAAUUAGGGUUGGAGACCACUCGCAGGCGAGUGAGUGAAAAGCGGAAUUACGGAGCAAAAGGGGGACAAAGGGGGGACACAGCAGCGGCAGACUGGCUGGUGGAGCAAGUCCGAGAAUGCGCGAGCGAGAGAUAACUACGUGUCCUGUGAGAACGACGAAGAGACAAGGAGGUAACGCGUCAAGUGAGUGACGACGUCACGAUGCGCAUGUCGCCGCUGCUAAGAUUAGUGCUCGUGGCAGCAUUCGCGCUGCUAGCAAGUGCGAAUGCUAAUGCAGAGGCGGGUCUACGCGGAUCUGACACGAACAGGACUGUGUUGUUGUCGUCAUCACCAUCAUCACCGUCGUCAUCACCAUCGUCGUCGUCGUCGUCGUCGUCGUCGUCAUCGCGUCACGGCUUCAGAGCGAUGAACAACAAGCAAGUGAUUGCCGGGGUAGAGGCUAGUUUGCUCUCCCUCUUGGGCUUCAAGAAGAGACCCAACCCGCAGGGCACGGUGUACAUUCCGAAGUCGCUCAGGAAUCUCCAGGCCCGUCAGAGCAAAAUCGGCGUCUCGAACAUCGCGAAACCCGGGAUUCACGCGCGAUCGGCCAACACCGUUCGCUCGUUUUCACAUGUCGAGAGCAAACUGGACCACAAGUUCACAUCCCCGAAUCUCUUCCGGCUGUCGUUCAACCUGAGCGGAAUUACCGCGAAUGAGACGCUGCAGGCGGCAGAAUUGACCCUGUCGCGCGUGACGAUCCCGAAAACCAGCGGAGAGACGGAGAAGCCCAGGAUACUGGUGUACGACAUCCUGCAACCUGGGGUGAAGGGUCGCAGCAAGCCGCUGUUGCGGCUGAUCGACAGCAAGGCGAUCGAGACUACUGGGACUAAGGAGAAGACCAGGACCGUCAGCCUGGACGUCCAGCCGGCCGUGGAUAGGUGGCUGCGGAACGAGGGCGAAAAUCACGGUCUCCUGGUGCGGGUGAGCGUCCCGGCGCGGGCGCGCGCGCACGAGCACGUGCGGCUGAAGCGGGCCGCGGACAUGCACAAGGAGGCGUGGGCCGUCGAGCAGCCGAUGCUCUUCACUUACACGGACGACGGCCGGUACGAGAUGGCGAACGCGGAGAAGAUAAUGGAGCGGCGAGCGAGACGCGCCGCUUUGCGGAAGAACCGGCGGAAGGACGGUCGGGAGAAUUGCCGGCGACAUCCGCUCUACGUCGACUUCGCGGACGUCGGGUGGAACGACUGGAUCGUCGCGCCGCCCGGAUACGACGCCUUCUACUGCCACGGUGAUUGCCCGUUUCCUCUCGCCGAUCAUCUCAACUCGACGAAUCACGCGAUCGUCCAGACCCUCGUUUACUCGACCAAGCCGAGCAUGGUGCCCAAAGCCUGCUGCGUGCCCACCUCCCUCAGCUCGAUAUCGAUGCUCUAUCUCGACGAGGAGAACAAGGUGGUGCUCAAGAAUUACCAGGACAUGGCGGUCCUCGGAUGCGGCUGCCGCUGAUGGCUCUUAUAUAUCUGGGUUCGCGGCGAGGAAGGAUGAGGAGGAGGCUCGUAUAGAACCUCCUGAAGGAAUAUAUAGAGAGAUAUUUAUUUCCUUAGGUCCCGGACCACUCGUGUUUCGUAUACAUAAAUCGCGCUCGCCCCCGGCUACUUGGCGAACGCAUCGGAUAAGGAUUGAUAUAUAUACAUGCGAGCAUAGACGCUGUAAAUUAAUAUAUAUUAGAGAAAAAGAGAGGGGAUAAGAGUAAGGCGUGAUGGAAUGACAUUCUUUGACAGAUUUAUCCCAUGUGAACUCCCAGGUAGAACAUAAAACUCAGAUUGACAUCAUGGUGACGUCACUUAUUAUUUAAAGUGCUUCUGGAGAACAGUUUUUACAUGUACAAUUAUUCAUUUAUUUUAUUGUUCAAACAUAUUCUAACAAUUCAACAUAAUAAUUUCUUGAAAAUUACAUAAAAGCGAUUAUCUUAUAUAAGAGGGCUUUAAAUCUAUGAUUCGUCUUGUCAUCUUUAAUUCAUUUUUUAAUCAUUUUUGUCUAGGUAACUUUUAAGUGAUGAAUAAAAUCAUGUUGACGUUAUUGUGAGUUUUAUGUUUCACCUGGAACCCGUAAUAAGAUUUCAGUUUAGCAAGCAUAUGUCACUUUGACGUCAUUAGACAGCAAACUGACGUCAUUUUGUUACUUGGGAUAGAUAAAUAGAUUUACGGUUUUAAAAAACUGUCUUUUACUGUAUGAUUGAGGUAAUUCAGUCAGUGAAUUUCGAUAGAGAUCUUGUUAUCAUUCUCGAAUCCGAUAAGCGAUCGAUGAAACUUUUAAUUUUAUUAGCGGAAUCAAUUUGAAAUGCGAUGACUACACUGAAAAGAAAUGUAUUAACUUGAUUAAACCUUUGAACUAAAUAUUAUUUUGUUAUUUAAACCU